UUGAAUUCUUGCGGAGGAUUUUACAAUUCAUAAAAAGAAUGAAAAAAAUUUGAAAAUAAUGAUUUUUUCAAAAGAAUUUCAUUAAAAUUGUUGAAAAUAAUUGAAUUUAAGGAGGCUAUAGGGAUUGACUGAACUAGUCAAAAGAAAAACCAUUAUUUUAAGAUUUGACUUGCUCAGUACUUUGAAACGUCUGGCAACAGCGCACUUCGUCAGUCGUGUUGCAAAUGGUUGCUAUGAAUUGUGAUGCAUUGUUUACAUGCAGUUUUAAGCAUUAAUUGUUGCCAUGGGAAAAGUAACUGGAGAGUUAAAUGGGAAAUUCUUUUUUAAGGGAAAAAGAGUUAGUGAAAGAAUUUAUAAAAAAAGAUUCAAGCAACAAGAGCUUGGCAAAAAUGUUAGGAACAAUUUUCUUUCAAAGACGGUUUCUAACCUGAAAAAUGUAACGAAGAAAUCUCCUAAAAUUGAAGGUCGACGAAUAAUUCACGUUGAAACACUUGCAAAGCAAUUGUUUUGUCGAAAUUGCCAAUCAGUUCUUUCUCUUACGAAUAUUAGAAAUGAAAACCGAAUCGGAUUGGCUUCGAAAUUCUAUGUCUAGUGUCUUUCGUGUCAAAUAAUUAAUGAAGUUUGUACUGACAAACAACAUGAUGUGACUAAUCAAAGGAAACAUUUCGAUACAAACACAAAAGCUGUAAUGGGUGCUAUCAACGGUGGCUUGGGUAAUACCCAUGUAAAUCAUGUUCUAACUGCAUUAAACAUCCCAUUUUUCAAUUCGAAUACAUUUCAAACUCACGAGAAGGAAAUUGGAAGAGGCAUGGAAGAAAUGGCUGUAGAAAGCUGUAAAGCAUUAGCACUUGAAGAGCGAAGGCUAACAAUUGAAAAUGUCGAAGAAGUAACAAAGUUGUUAUUUAAUUCAAUGAAGUAUUAUUCAACUAUUCGGUGGGAUGAAAUUGAAAAAAAAGAAUCAAUUGCAAAUAAAGUAACCAUCGCUAUGAAGGAAUUGAGUCCAUUGAGUCAGUGUGUGUCAUAUGCCAUGAGGAAAAAAAUUGCCACUGCCGAUGUAUCAUAUGAUAUGAUUACAACAGCUUUUCGAAAAAGUGGAGUGAAAGGUUUAUCAGAUAUUUUGGGGAAAGAUGAGAAUGAUAAUGUUCGAAUCACGAAAUGCCGUACUGUUAUAAAAAAAAUUUAUGAUUUUUUAAAAUCAACAGAAGGUUAAGUGUAAUGCAAAUACUGAAUUUUUGAUUAUUUGCUUAUCAGAGUUAAUUAUAAUUAAGAUUUUAAUUUUAUUAUCAUUAUUUAUAAUUUUAUAUUUAAAUAACUACAUAUAUUUUAUUUUAUUGCACAUACCAAAGGCACAAUGUGUUGAGAAAUAUAGUAUAAUACAUUACUUUGUUGACAAAAAUAUUGAAAUUUCUUUUAAUGACUGUUUUAACACUUGUUAGCGUGGAUUUUUUUAUACAUGUGACAUGUAUAUAAAAAAUUAAAAAGAAAAAUGUAAUUUUUUAUUUACGUCGUAUUUUAAUGAAAAUUUAAUAAGUAUGGUAAUUAACAUUACUAUGUAAUUAAUGUUGUUUUUAAAUUUUUCACAAAGAAUUAAAAAAAAAUUUUAAUUUGUUUUUUCAAUUGAUUAUUAAUAUUCAAUUUAAUAUUUAAUUAUUCUUAUUUACAUUGUCUUUGAUUAUAAUUUCCCUUCAUCAUUUUUUAAAGAAACAAAAAUUUAUUAUCAUUGCAAUUUUCUAUAUCCAUCCUGUAUUAAUAUUAUUAUCAUUUUCUAAGAAAAUAAAAAUUUUACCAUUACAAGAUAAAUAUAAAAAAAUUUAAUUGUAUCCUGUCAUUUUAUAUUUACGUUUAUUUCAAUAAAAUUAUUAUCCCUUUAUUUUAAUAAUUUAAUUUUAAAAUAGAUGUAAUCAAACAAUUUUACUGAUUAACUUUAUUUUCUUUUUAAAUAUGACAUAUUUUUAUGUGCUAUCAUAUUCAAUAUUUUAAAAUAUAGCGCGCAAAAAUUAACGUAUAACGCGCAUGAUCAAGGCUAGAAAGUAGGAUGACGUGUGCAACGUUGCCAGACGUUCUGACAGCUGUUCAAUUUACUGACUAAAACGUGAAAUAUUGUUACAAAUUAAUUUAUUGCAACUCUCACAAGAACCUAUGGACUGUUUUUUCAACAGAUAUUUAAUCAUUAUAUAUCUGUUUUAUAUUAAAAAAAGUUUCAUCAAUUUCUUAUCAUCAGUUACUUUGUGGUAAAUAAAUAUGUAUGAAAAAGUACUAAAUUCCCAUAAGACUCAAUGUUAAAUGGUGGUAAAAUGUUACAAAACAAAAACGCUUAUAACUUUUUUCACAAGAACGUACAGGUCUCAAAAAUUUAACUACAUUUUUUUCAAACCUUUAUCUAAUAGUGGACCAAGUUUCAUUAAAUUGGUAUCUUCAAAUCUGUUACCUCUAUAACCUCCUUAAUUAAUAUUUUUAAAAAUAAUUGUAUUCUUUCGAAGAAUUCGGUAUUAAAAAUAAUAAACAUUAAUUUUAAAAUUGAAAAUAAUUAAAGAUAAAAAUUAUUAAACUAAUAAUUAUUUAUA